CUUUUCCUUAUUCCUCUUUCGCUAAGCUUGAGAAAAUAUGGCCACUGCUGCAGAUCCUCCAUUACCCUCAGACCAUCUAGUGUCGAAUCCUACAUCCCCUAUCGAAGAAAAGACUACUUUACUUGAACAACCUUUCAAAGUGCCUCCUCGAGUUUUGCCCGUCUUCGAACCUCCUGUCGACUGCCUUGAUAACCUUGUAGAAACAAACCCUGCUCCCAUUUACGCCAUUAACGCAGAACAGUAUAACCGCCUGCAAGACACAUACUUCACAACCCCAUUACCAAACGAUAUCCUGUUUCCUUGGCUCCAUGGCGUGGAUGGUCGCUCGUAUCAGCAAUGCCUUUUCUUCGGUAUCCGCCAGUGUUUGGUUCCCGUUCACCGAGGUCUAACCUUGGUGCAUGCCGAUGAAGUAUUCUCUAAUCAGUCUCGCCUGGUGGGUUCGGUUCUUCCAAAUGAGAUUUUGACGCCUGGGGAACACCCGGAUUUUCUUGAUACCACUGAAUCAGAACUGGGCAUCAACCUGAGAAACUUUAGAAUUCAGGUUGCAAGAUACGCCACUAUCAGUGACAUAGUUGUCUAUGGCACAGGUGCCAUCGACGCAGCGAGGAAGAUAGCUGUCGCUCAGAGAAAGAUCAAGGCACAAAGGCAAGAGCAAAUAAAGGCUGCCAAGCAGCAAAACGGAAACAGACCUCUUCCUUCCGUGAACGAUUUGGAUUACCGAACCUUUGUCGUCAUUGAUCCAUUUAACGCUUUUGAGCAUUCAUACCCGGACCUUGUCUGCCUUGAUCAUCAGGGUCAUGCUGCCAAUCGGGUUAACUUUUGGGAACAGGAGCGGGAAGAGAUGUAUGUGCUCACAAAAGCUUCAGAAAUCACAAAAGGUGUAUGGCUCGGAAAUACCCAAGAUGUUCCAUUGAGCUCGGACGACGAGUUAGUCAAUCCUCAUCGAAUCUCAAUAUGCAUUGAAACGCAUGAUUUGGCUGAUAUGCCAUUGCCGUCGACGCUCACUUUAGCCAGAGUCACCCUCAAUGAUCUGCCAAAGGAUCAAUUGCCUGAAGAGCUCAUUCAUCUAGACUGCUAUUCGUCAGGCUCAUCAUUGACCUCUGUCUCAGCAUUCGAUGUGUUUUAUUCUCAAAUGGCUCACCUCUUGGAGUUCAUAGAUGAGCAAGUUACGCAAGGACGCAGGAUUCUUAUUCAUUGUGCCGAUGGCUAUACGGAAACCAGCAUGCUCGCCUUAUCAUGGGUGAUGUACAAAGAAAGGUUAAGACUUCCAGGAGCUUAUCUCCAUCUGCAAGAAUUGAGAAGCUUCUUUGUCUAUUCUAGCGAUGUCGAAAUUCUCAAGCGUGUAGAGAAGAAGAUUUUGGAGCCCACUGAAUGUCGGGAACCCCCACACAAGCGAAAGCGAGAAGAAACUACUGGGCAAGAAGAGAUUGAGCAAUUAAGCAUUGGCGGAGCAGCAGCUCAAGGCAUAUGCAAUAGAAAGCCCAGUAUGGACACCAGUGAGGUUGAUCUCGUCAAGAAGACGAUGGUAGAUGAUGAGGAAGACGAUGAAGUGGAUUUGGUCAGUAGUGAAGACGAGCCAGAAGAUCGUACCGCCGAUCGAAGGCAACUUUUUGAUGAUACCUACAUGAGUCAAGUUCCAAAACACUUGGUCGCCCCGUCAGCUAUGGACACUGAUCAUCAUGACGACGUCGAUGAAGUUAUACCUAUCCUUGAUGCCCAUCGAACAGCACAAGGAGGUGGUACGUCUAGUUUGGAAAACGAACCAGACGAAGUCAAAGCGCAAUACCCAUGGUUCUAUUCUGAGCGAUUUGAGGGCUCUUUUCCUUCUCGUAUAUUACCUUUCUUAUACUUGGGCAAUCUUAAUCACGCCACCAAUCCAAAGGUGCUUAAGGCCCUUGGUAUUACACAUGUUCUCAGUGUUGGCGAGAACGCCAAUUUAGGAGACGAUUUCAAACUCUUAUUGCUGGACAAUCUCUAUGAUGAUGGAAUCGAUUCUCUGUGGGGACACAUUGACGAUUGUAUAAAGCACAUUGAUGAGGCGCGCCUCCAAGGGACAAAGUGUUUGAUUCACUGUCGAGUAGGAGUCAGUCGAAGUGCGACCAUUACUAUCUGUUAUGUCAUGAAACACAUGCACAUGUCUUUGGUUCAAGCUUAUCUUUUUGUUCGGGCACGUCGUCUCAAUGUGAUCAUCCAACCCAACCUUAAAUUCAUGUACGAAUUGUUGCAAUAUGAACAGAGAUUACUGGGCAAGGUUCAGAUAUUCUGGCAGAUACUUAGCAAGGAGAUCCACAGCCUUAAUAUGUGUUAUAGGGAAACUUAAUCAGCAAGAGAGAUUGAUUAUUCAAGAUCCCUUUUUCUUUUGUUUUAUACCCUUCCAAUCCAAUCCUGACUUUACCCCAAGUACUUUUACAAAAAUGAAUAACCAUUUAAAUAUCGGUAGAGCUUUAUG